UCCACCCCCUACCCCCCACAGUUCUAUAGAGAGCCCGCCUGUCCCGUUUACAUCUGCAGACUACAGUCCCAGCAGAGUGGGGGAACGUGAGGCGAGGAAACCCUGGAGUCAGCAAAGCACACGGCAGCUGCACUGUUCAACUUCAGCGCCAACAUGCUGUACAUGGAGACGGCCGCUCCAGCACCCUACAAUGAGACGACAUACACCAGUCUGAGCCUUCUGAAUAGCAUGGACCAGCAGAUUCCAACCAGUAGGUCUUCAUCUACCAGCCCAUACAACAACGAGCACACCCAGAGCGGCGUGGCCGCCCCUUCGCCCUAUGCCCAGCCCAGCUCCACCUUCGAGACACUGUCUCCAUCACCCGCCAUCCCCUCCAACACCGACUAUGCCGGCCCCCACAAUUUCGACGUCUCCUUCCAGCAGUCCAGCACCGCCAAGUCUGCCACGUGGACGUACUCCACAGAGCUGAAGAAGCUGUACUGCCAGAUCGCCAAGACCUGCCCCAUCCAGAUCAAAGUACUGACCGCUCCGCCCCAGGGCGCUAUCAUCCGCGCCAUGCCGGUCUACAAAAAGGCAGAACAUGUGACCGAGGUGGUGAAGCGCUGUCCCAACCACGAGCUGAGCCGCGAGUUUAACGAUGGUCAAAUGGCUCCCCCCAGUCACCUGAUUCGAGUGGAGGGAAACAGCCAUGCCCAGUACGUCGAGGACUCCAUCACAGGCCGCCAGAGUGUCUGGGUCCCUUACGAGCCGCCCCAGGUGGGGACCGAGUUUACGACCAUCCUAUAUAACUUCAUGUGUAACUCCAGCUGCGUGGGCGGCAUGAACCGGAGGCCCAUCCUCAUUAUCGUUACCCUGGAGACCAGAGAUGGACAGGUGCUGGGCCGCAGGUGCUUCGAGGCCCGGAUCUGCGCCUGCCCUGGACGGGACCGCAAGGCGGACGAGGACAGUAUCCGCAAGCAGCACGUGACGGACGGGACAAAGAGCGGCGAGGCAUACCACAAGGCCUCACACAACAUCCAGUUGCCUUCCAUUAAGAAACGAAGAGCCACAGAUGAGGAGACAUUCUGCCUGGCGAUUAAAGGCCGUGAGAUCUAUGAAUUUCUGGUGAAAAUUAAGGAGUCCCUGGAGUUGAUGCAGUUUGUGCCCCAACAGACUAUUGAGGCAUAUAGGCAGCAGCAGCAGAAUCUCAUCCAGAAACAGGAAGUAACCGGCACCUCCAUCCCUCCCAUCUGGUCCAGGAACUCCAUGCCCCCCCAGCCGACGUUCCCAUCCAACUCCCCCCCCCAUGGCAAGGUGAACAAGCUCCCCUCCGUCAGUCAGCUCAUCAAUCACCAGCCGCGGGGCUCCCUCACGCCAUCAAGCAUGCCUGGGGGGCUCACCGACAUAUCCCCCAUCAUGGGCACACAUCUCCCCAUGGGCCCAGACAUGAGUGCCCUGAGCCCCACCCACGUCAUGCAGCCUCAGCUGCCAAUGGUGACCGCCUCCCACUGCACGCCACCCCCACCAUAUCCCAUCGACACCAGCAUCUCCAGCUUCCUGGUGAGGCUGGGCUGUUCCUCCUGCCUGGAAUAUUUCACGGCACAGGGCCUGACUAACAUCUAUCAGAUCGAGAACUACGCCAUGGAGGAUCUCUCUCGGCUGAAAAUCCCCGCCGAGUUCCAGCACGUCAUCUGGAAGGGCAUCCUGGACCAUCGGCAGGCAUCUGAAUUCCCGUCCCCACUGCAAAUCCUGCGGCCGGUCUCCUCCUCCUCGGCCCCAUCGUCCGCGGCGGUGGGCGUGGCCUCUGGAGAGGCUCGGGGCGAGCGUGUCAUCGACGCAGUGCGCUUCACGCUGAGGCACACCAUCUCCAUCCCGCCGCGCGACGACUGGAGCGACUUCCCCUUUGACACGGACACCCGCCGCAGCAAGCAACGCAUCAAAGAGGAGGGCGAGUGAGAGCCCCUCCCCUCACCCCUCAUGUGAUCAUUUCACCCCCCCCACCCCGCCCCCCCAAAAAAAAAAAAAAAUCUUUAAAAAGCUUCACUCUUCUCAUUUCCAAUUUACAGAAAAAAAUAUCACUGGAGAGAUGCACUUAGCUGCCUUUGAAAUGCCUUAUUUUGUUGACAAACUAUACAGUUAAACAGAUAAAAGGUGCUUCAAAGUAACAUGUCUGGUUACAUCUGUCCUGAGCACUUAAGAAAGGCUGGACUUCCUGUGUCAGUUAUCCUGUGCAUCACUGUUCAGUGACUGAACAAACUUUCUGUUGUUGGGACUGUGAGGCUUAGUAGUUUUUUUUUUCCAUUUCGUAGAGACUCAACAUGUAUUCUAGGGCUGCUGUCAGCCGGUUGCGAUUGUAUGGAUUUUCAAUGUAUGUCUGUAAUGUAACGGAACAUUCCCAGUGUUAUGCUGCCUUGUGUGUCCGAGUUGUUCUAAAUGUACAAAGUCAGCAUUGAUCUGGCAUUUUCUCCUGUUAAACACAAUGGGGAUUUUAAAGCAUCGCAGCAAUUGUGUCAUUCUGUCACCAGAAAGAUCAUUUCCGAAAAAGGUUUCAGUGUUUCAGUGGGUUUCAAGGGCUGCCUUCUUGAUCGCAUGACGACCCAGUGCAUCCCAGUGCUGGUGCAGCUUGGGGGUGAUGGAACUCACAUACUUUCCCAUGAUGUACUGGGUUCUGAGGCCCAAGUAGACAUGCCAGUUUCAAUCCACCCAUCCAAUUCUAGACCUUUAAUAGCUAUUGGUCCUUCAAAAAACGUUUAUGAGUGUUUUCUGUGAGGCGCAUUCCCUUGAAUAAUGUAGCACAAGACCCACUAAAUGAUACAAUUACUUCAAACAUGGCCAACGAAAUGAAAUCAGCUGAGGCAGAACUGCACACAAAAUGGUCUACAGGACCAAGACCACAAAAACAAACGCUGUAUAUAUUUAAAGUUUCCUACGGCAUCUUUUGCCCUCUGGCUGAUUAUAUUACACAAAGAUAACUGUAUAUUAGUUUUUGUAUAAGACGUUCUAAAUGGAAAAGGGUUUACAAUAUUAUUUUAAUAAAAACAUUUCAUUUUUUUUUAAGUCUUGAUAUUCUUGGUGUUUGAAGCCAAACAGUGUUCAAUAUGUUUUACGUUAGAAAUGUUUCAAAACGUUCUGAGAAAACAAAGCGUACUUGUUAUUAUACGUUGGUACUUUGGUGUUUGCCUUCCUUCAUCAACUGAUGUAAGAAAACGCUUUCACACUGUUCUUCAGUGAUAUGCCAUUUUAUUUUUCACAAUAUCAUGUCCUGAAUUUCAAAUAAAAACCAUUUUAAAACUCUGCCAAACCUAUUAAAUUAUUACGUUAUUAAAAUGAUAAAAAAAAAAAAAUGAUCACAUACAGUCCAAACAAAGCAUCUAAAUAAAAAUGGUGCAAAAUAGGGAAAACGAAAUAUCCCAGUAAUCAGAUAUAAUUUUGGUUUCUUUUUAUAAUUUUGUAUCAUGUCCUGUAUAUACAAGUAAUGGCUGUAUAAACAUUUUUUUUUAAUAUACAAAAAUAAAAAUUUCUCUACCA